AUGGGGUCAAAAGUUAGCAUUGAAGGUGACCUAAUCGAGAAAGGUGAAGAAGAGACUCAUGCCGAUGAUGGCAUACAUAUUGAGGAUCAUAGCAAAAUGCUUGAUGGUUUUGAGAUGAGUUAUGGGGUUAAUGAAGCUAUCAUUGAGGGGAAUGAUUUUAUCCGGAAUGGGGUUGUUAUCAUAUAUGUGUUAAAGGGCAAAAAUCAUGAUGAAGAGGCUACAAAAAGGGCAAAACAAGCUACCAAGACAGGUUGGGUUGCUACCAAGAGAGUUCAUGUUGUUACCGAGAAGAUGGAGGACUAUUUUAAAGCUAUUGUUAUCGAAGUAGAUUUGAAUCAGCUAAAAAAUGCUACUACCAAAAGAAGUACGAGUCGAAAGGAAAAAAAGAAAGGUUGA